AUAUAUAAAGACAUUAUGGAAAAAUCUGAAAUAGAAGGAAUUAAAAGUAAAAAAGUCUUGUUGGGAAAAAUUAUUUGUGUUAUUUUACUGGGUAUAUGUUGUUCUUCCUUCCAGGUUGAUGGAAAUGUAAGCAAAAUCUUCUGCCAAAACCUCUGCUUGUUAGCCAAGCUAUUUCUUGACCACAAGACUCUGUACUAUGAUGUUGAGCCAUUCCUCUUUUAUGUUCUAACUAAAAAUGAUGAAAAAGGCUGUCAUCUGGUUGGAUACUUUUCAAAGGAAAAGCUUUGCCAGCAGAAGUAUAAUGUCUCCUGCAUAAUGAUUAUGCCCCAAUGCCAAAGGCAAGGAUUUGGAAGGUUUCUCAUUGAUUUCAGCUACCUGCUUUCAAGACGGGAGGGACAGGCAGGAUCCCCAGAAAAGCCACUCUCUGAUCUGGGCCGCCUGUCAUACUUGGCGUAUUGGAAAAGUGUCAUAUUAGAGUAUUUAUAUUGCCACAAAGAUAAACAUAUCAGUAUCAAGGGAAUAAGUAGAGCUACUGGAAUGUGUCCACAUGACAUAGCAACUACUCUGCAGCAGCUCAAUAUGAUUGACAAGCAGGAUGGCAGGUUUGUAAUUAUCCGAAGAGAGAAGAUGAUUGAAAAGCACAUGGAAAAGCUGAAGGCUAAUCCCCGUCUGAAUGAAGUAGAUGCAGAAUGCCUGCGAUGGACUCCAUUAGUAGUUUCUAAUGCUGCUGUUUCUGAAGAGGAACGAGAAGCUGAAAUGGAAGCUGAGCAUUUAAUGGAACAGGCUAGUUGUUGGGAAAAAGAAGAGCAAGAGAUGUAUCCUCUAAAAAUCAACAAUAGACAACCUUCUACAAAGGUUCCUUGCAAAAAUACAUUCUUGCGAUCUCCACAGUGCCUCUCAACAAUUGCAGAACGGUCUACUGAUCAAUCUAAAGAAGGCAGUGAGGAGGAGGAGGAGGAGGAUGAGGAUGAGGAUGAUGAUGAAUAUGGUGCCCAAGCAAGUUCACCCCCCAUUCUGACAAAAGCACAGGCAAUGCUGGGCUUUAAAAGAAAGAGGCCUUCCAUACUCAGAAGAAAAAGAGGUCGUAAACGUAGGCGUGUUAACAGUAGUGUUACAACAGAAACUAUAUCUGAAACAACAGAGGUUCUUCGUGAACCGUUUGAGAACUCUGAAGAACAGCCAAUGCCCCUACUAGAACCUACAUGCCGGAGGGAUGGAGAAGAUGAAGAAAAGCCAGUCGGAAAAAUCUUGAAAUAUCGUUGUGGCAAACAGAGAUACAUUAAAGCUGAAGAAAAUGACAAACAUAAAUACAGAAGUCAAAUUCGGGAGGAAGAGCAAAAUAAAGACCUACCAUCUAGUGGGGCUGUAUUAAAAAAGAAUAAGGAAGGCAAUUCUCAACCCAUGAAGCGUAAAAAAGGUUGGCCAAAAGGAGUAAAGCGAGGUCCACCUAAGUGGAGGCGCAAGAAGGAAAGAAAGACUGGAUUCAAGCUGAAUCUGUACACACCCCCUGAAACUCCUAUGGAAGCUGACCAUCAGGUCUUGGCAGAGGAACAGAAGGAACACCCAGAAAAAGCGCCUACGAUCACAAAGGAAGACAGUGAGCGGAGUAAAGAAACUGACCCGUUGGAUACUGAUCUUGAAAAGUUGCUCUCUGUGUCCCAGAGUCCUGAAGAGGUGCUUUCUAAAAAACAGGAAGAUAAAUUUGAUAUAAUAGGGCCUCCUGAAGAUGCUGACAGACAUGGUGAAGGCCAAGAAGGUCCUGAUCAUGGAGGGAAGAACCAAGAAGAAACCGAGAAUGUAGCUGAACAGCAGGAAGAACCUGCCCCUGCAGGGGAACAUGAGGAGGAAGAUGAAGAUGAUGAGGAACCAGUGCAUAACGAAGAUCAUGAUGCUGAUGAUGAAGAUGACAGCCAUGUAGAUUCAUCAGAGUUAGAAAAGGUGGAGAAUUCUGUGUUGGUAUUGAAGGAGCAGCCUGAGUGUCAGCAACCUUUUUUAGACAUGAAUGUUACAACCAGUGCUGUGCAAAAUGAUCAUAAUGAUGAUACUAAUGUGAACUGUGGUGGAGAUCUUUCAGCUGAUAUUGAUAAUGCUGCUGAUUCUGAACGUGCUCUUGAUUCUGAGUAUGAAGAUGAAAAUAGUCAUGACCCUGACCAAAAGGAAAGUGAAGCAGUGAUCCCUGUUAUAAAAGGUGAUCCCACUGUUUGUACAGAAAUUGACACUGAAACUGUGCAGGCAGUACAGGCUCUUACCCAAGAAAAUAAUGAGCAGGAAGAUACUUUCCAAGACUGUGUGGAAACACAGGAAGCGUGUAGGAGUUUGCAAAGUUAUACACAUAUAGACCAAAGCCCUCAAAUGACCAUAAUAGAUGACUGCCAUCAAUCAGAUCAUAGCAGUCCCAUAUCAUCAGUCCAUUCCCAUCCCAGUCAAUCGGUUCGUUCUGUGACUAGUCCAGCAGUAUCGAUUCUAGAAAGCAGCUAUACACAAAUUAGCCCUGAUCAGAAUGCCAUUUCUAUGCCGUUACAAAAUAUGGAAACCAGCCCAAUGAUGGAUGUCCCUUCUGUUUCAGACCACUCACAACAAGUUGUAGACAGUGGAUUUAGUGAUCUUGGCAGUAUUGAGAGCACAACUGAAAACUAUGAAAAUCCUAGCAGCUAUGAUUCCUCAUUGGGGAGCAGCAUUUGUGGAAAUAAUUCAUCCCAAAAUAGCUGCUCGUAUAAUAACAUCUCUUCCAGUAGCCUUACUCAGAACAGCUGUGCUGUGACACAACAAAUUACAAAUAUUAAUGGAAGCUGUAGUAUGAUGCAACAGAACAGCAUUAACUCUCCUCAAAAUUGUAGUGUUAAAUCUCCACAAGGAUGUGUCCUAGAAAGACCCCCCAGCAUCCAGCAGCAGUUGCCACAAUGUGGCAUGUCUAACAACUUUACACCACCAAUGCAGCUGACAGAUAUUUCUGAGUCCAAUCCAAAUAUCGGAAUUUAUGAAAGGAUGGGCCAAAGUGAUUAUGGUGGUUGUCAUUAUCCACAGCCAUCCGCCACUUUUAGCCUGGCAAAACUACAGCAAUUAACCAACACACUUAUGGACCAUCCAUUGCCUUAUAAUCAUUCAGCUUCUGUCACAUCCUAUGCAAACAGUGUAUCUCUAUCUUCACAGCUUAGUAACACAGGCCUUGUUUCUUUAUCUCAGUCUCCACAUUCUGUCCCUGGAGGACACCAAGCACAGGCAACAAUGACGCCUCCACCUAACCUUACCCCACCCCCAAUGAAUCUUCCUCCUCAAUUACUGCAGCGUAACAUGGCAGCUCCAAACAUGGGACUCCCACCCUCCCAGAGACUUCAGACUCAAAUGCCAGGCAAAAGCCAUGUCUCAAUGCGCUGUAAAUCCGCUCCUCUGUCACCUCAUCAGCAACAGAUGUAUGGAAGGGCCUCGCAGACUGUAGCCAUGCAGGCACCUACAAGGACACUAACCAUGCCUCGAAUGAAUAUGGGUGUAAACCUAAUGCCUGCGCCAGCUUACAAUGUCAACUCUAUGAACAUGAAUAUGAACACUCUGAAUGCUAUGAAUGGGUACAGGAUGUCUCAACCAAUGAUGAACAGUGGCUACCAUGGAAAUCAUGCAUACAUGAAUCAAACAGCACAGUACCCUAUGCAGAUGGGAAUGAUGGGAACUCAGCCAUACCCCCAGCAGCCCAUGCAGGGCCCACCACACAGCAACAUGAUGUACACUCCACCAAGCCACCAUGGUUACAUGAACACAGGCAUGUCGAAACAAUCUUUAAACGGAUCCUUCAUGAGACGAUAAAUGUACCUUGUUAAUUACUAUUUAUAAGUGCAUUGUAUAUCAAAAUGCACAACUAUGCCUGGAGCAUCACUUUUUGAAAACCAGCACUUGGUAUGAAUGCAAAAAAAGUCUUUAUGAAGGCAUUUUUUUUUGUUUGUUUUUAUUGAAAGCCUUACAUCAUCAAAUAAAGAUGACUUUUCUUUGUUGAUUUCAUGUUAUACUCCUUUGAUGAAUGAAGCCUAAGUUGUUAAACUGUGGCAAAGAAGGCUUCAGCAGUUGGACUGCAUUUGAGUGGCAGACUGUAUAAUGGAGCUAUUUAAUGUGCCUGCUACAACUAUAAGAUUUUUGGACAUUACAGUCUUUUAAAGAAAACUCUCCAGUAGUUCUGCGUUUGUGUUCCAUUCUUCUGCCUUUAUAUAUUUAAGUUAUUGUAAAAUUGAUUUUAUUAUUUUUUUUGUUUGUAUUUUGGUAUGGUGACACAUAGCAUGCUACAAAGUCUUUGUUAGUGACAGUGCAUAAGAUAAUACUGUACAAGUGUUGUGCUUAAUAGCAAGCCAUUUUUAAAAUGAUUGACCUUGGAUUAGGUUUCCCCAGUAUGGGAGUAAGAUGAAACUAUAUUUUUGUUAUUUCUAAUACUGUAAAAAUGUAAAACAGUCCUGUUUCAGUUAAGGUUUUAUUGCUAAAUGUGUAUAAUUCAGUACUUUUGUAACAAAAUUCUUUAAAUGAGGCAGCUUUCUGUUUUUAUAAAUGCAAACUGAUUUCUGUCUAAAUAAUGAAGCAUAUCUCAGUGUUUGUACUGGUACAGUUCUAAAUCAUUUCAAAGAACAUGCCCAGGAUUUAAAAAAAGAAAGAAAAAGGUAAAUUUAGUCUAAAGUUGCUAUUUUACAAAAAUGCCUUUAACCUUACAUUUUCAUUCCAUCUGUAGAUUUUUCUAUCUUUUAUAAAAUGUUGGAGUUAUAUUUUACAAAAACAUAGAGCUGUAGCCUGUGAAUAGACCAAACUAAGCUAGCAAAUCGCAUGUAAAAAGCAAAUUGUAUUUGUGUCUGUUUUAUAUUGCUUUUUUGUAGCCUUUGUACCUGUACAGAAUGACUUGGGAAUGAGAAGGAAAGCUGGAUAUGUGUACAAAAUAGAACAGAAGGAAAGUCCUGUAUUUAUCAGUUAUCUUUUUAGCCAGUCACUUAAAACAAUACACAAAAAAUACACAAAAAAGCUGUACAUUUUAACAUAAAAUAAAUUAUGAUGAGCCAUU